GCUGAAUGCAAGAAGAUGUUACUUUGGCUCUUUCUGGUUUUGUCUACCCCCAUUUCUGCUUCAACAAAUGCAGAGUCUGACCCCUCGGUGGAAAUUUGCAAUGUGUGCUCCUGUGUGUCGGUGGAGAACGUGCUCUAUGUCAACUGUGAAAAGGUUUCUGUCUUCAGACCAAAUCAAUUGAAACCACCCUGGUCAAAUUUUUACCACCUAAAUUUUCAAAAUAAUUUGUUAAUUGUCCUCUAUCCCAAUACAUUCCUAAAUUUUUCACAUGCAGUCUCCCUGCAGCUGGGGAAUAAUAAAUUGCAGAACAUUGAGGGAGGAGCCUUCCUGGGGCUCAGUGCAUUAAAACAGUUGCACUUGAAUAACAAUGAAUUAAAGGUUCUCCGAGCUGACACUUUCCUUGGCAUAGAGAACUUGGAGUAUCUCCAGGCCGACUACAAUUUAAUCAAGUAUAUUGAACGGGGAGCCUUCAAUAAACUCCAUAAACUGAAAGUGCUCAUUCUGAAUGACAAUCUGAUUUCGUUCCUUCCCGAUAAUAUUUUCCGAUUUGCAUCUUUGACCCAUCUGGAUAUCCGUGGGAAUCGAAUACAGAAGCUGCCCUACAUUGGUGUGCUGGAACACAUUGGCCGUGUCGUUGAAUUACAGCUUGAAGAUAACCCUUGGAAUUGCAGUUGUGAUUUGCUGCCUUUGAAAGCAUGGCUGGAGAACAUGCCAUAUAACAUUUACAUAGGAGAAGCUAUCUGUGAAACACCCAGUGACUUGUAUGGGAGGCUUCUGAAGGAAACCAAUAAGCAAGAAUUAUGUUCCAUGGGAACUGGAAGUGAUUUUGAUGUGCGGAUCCUACCACCCUCUCAGCUGGAAAAUGGCUAUACCACACCCAAUGGCCAUACAACCCAAACCUCGUUACAAAGAUUAGUGACAAAGCCCCCCAAAACAACCAAUCCUUCAAAAAUCUCUAGUAUCGUUGCAGGCAAAGCACUCUCAAAUCGUAAUCUGAGUCAAAUUGUAUCUUAUCAGACUAGGGUACCACCACUGACACCUUGCCCAAUCCCUUGUUUUUGCAAAACUCACCCUUCUGAUUUGGGAUUAAGUGUCAAUUGCCAAGAAAAAAAUAUACAAUCGAUGGCCGAGUUGAUGCCCAAACCCUUAAAUGCCAAGAAGCUGCAUGUCAAUGGCAAUCAGAUUAAAGAUGUGGACACCUCAGAUUUCACUGAAUUCGAAGGUCUGGAUCUACUCCAUUUAGGCAGCAAUCAGAUCACAGCGAUCAAGGGAGAGGUGUUCCGGAAUCUCACCAAUCUCCGCAGACUCUAUCUCAAUGGCAAUCAGCUAGAACGGCUGUACCCUGAAAUGUUUGCAGGUCUGUACAACCUGCAGUAUCUCUACCUGGAAUACAACUGGAUCAUAGAAAUCUUAGCCGGCACCUUUGACUCCAUGCCCAAUCUGCAGUUGUUAUAUUUGAAUAAUAACCUCUUAAAGAGCCUGCCGGUUUACAUCUUUGCAGGUGCUCCUCUCGCUCGGCUGAACCUGAGGAACAACAAAUUCAUGUACCUGCCUGUGAGUGGGGUGCUUGAUCAGCUCCAGUCCCUUACACAGAUAGACCUUGAGGGCAACCCAUGGGACUGCACUUGUGACUUGGUGGCCCUAAAGCUAUGGCUGGAGAAACUAAAAGAUGAUAUUGUGAUGAAGGAGCUGAAAUGUGAAACACCAGUACAGUUUGCCAGCAUUGAACUGAAAUCCCUCAAAAACGAAAUCCUGUGUCCAAAGCUGCUCAACAGGCCUUCUUCUCCCUUCACUAGCCCCAUACCUGCCAUUACCCUCACGACACCAAUGGGGCCCAUCCGAAGUCCUCCUGGAGGCCCAGUCCCUCUGUCCAUUUUAAUCUUGAGUAUUCUGGUGGUCUUGAUUUUAACUGUGUUUGUUGCUUUCUGCCUCCUAGUCUUUGUGCUCCGGCGAAACAAGAAGCCGAUCGUGAAACACGAAGGCCUCGGGAACCCAGAAUGCAGUUCCAUGCAACUGCAGCUGAGAAAGCAUGAGCACAAGACCAGCAAGAAGGAUGGGCUUGCAGCAGAAGCCUUCAUCCCGCAGACCAUUGAGCAAAUGAGCAAGAGCCACACGUGUGGCCUGAAAGAGUCUGAAGCAGGUUUCAUGUUCUCUGAGCCACCAGGACAGAAAGUCAUCCUGAGAAAUGCUCCUGAAAAGGAUAAAGAUCUCGUCCAUGUGGAUACCAGGAAAAGACUGAGCACAAUUGAUGAGUUGGAUGAAUUAUUCCCUGGCCGGGAUUCAAAUGUAUUCAUUCAGAAUUUUCUGGAAAGCAAAAAGGAGUACAACAGCAUCGGGGUCAGUGGCUUUGAGAUCCGCUAUCCAGAAAAGCAACAAGAUAAGAAAAAUAAGAAAUCACUAAUAGGAGGUAAUCAUAGUAAAAUUGUUGUAGAGCAGAGAAAGAGUGAAUAUUUUGAACUAAAAGCAAAACUUCAGAGUUCUCCCGACUACCUACAAGUCCUUGAAGAGCAAACAGCUUUGAACAAAAUAUAGGUCAUGCAGUCUUAUUUCCUACAGAGGACAUUUAUUUAAUGAUGAA